AUGGUAUGGAGGUUGAUUUCGAACGUUUGGUUUUCUGUGCUUAUAAAUGGCGUGCCCUAUGAUUUUUUCAAAUCCUCCAAGUGGUUGCGUCAAGGAGGCCCGUUAUCGCCGGCAUUGUUUAUUAUUGGCUCAGAGGUACUAUCCCAAGGUUUGAAUUCUCUUGCUACCCAGUCGAGUUUUGUGGGUUUUAAGGUGCCUAGACUCUGCCCCACUAUUACUCAUUUAGCGUUUGCGAACGAUGUUAUAAUUUUUGCCAAUGGGGAUAUGGCUUCAUUGAAGAAAGUCAUGAGGAUCCUGGAGUGGUACCAGAAUGAUUCAAGCCAAUUGGUUAAUGUGCAGAAAAGCGGAUACUUAGUUCACCCUCAAAUGACUGUAGCUCGUCAGGGUGUAUUGAGCAAAUUACUAAAUUUCAAAAGAAAGAAUUCCCAGUUCGGUAUCUGGGAGCUCCGUUGUUUAUUGGCAGAGCUAAAGAGAUUUAUUACUCAGAUCUGUGCUAGAAGGUUGUGGAUAAGGUGUGGUCUUUCCUUGUGGGCAAGAUUUCUACGUACUAAGUACUGUAAGAAGCUUCACCCCUGCCAAAUUUCCAUGUCUCCCCUAAACUCUGCAACAUGGAGAAGAAUACUGAAAAUUAGGGGGUUUGCAGAGCUAUUUAUUGGGUGGAGGCUCCAAGAUGGACGUUAUAACUUUUGGUAUGAUAAUGGGAUUGGAUCUGGGGCUUUCUAUCUGAGAGUGAAGGUGCAGGAGGGUCUCUCUUUUCAAGACAUUAUGGAGAAUGAGACAUGGGUCACGUGGUGGCUAGCGGAAGUUCUGCCGGUUGACAUUAUCCAGCACGUUUUGGCGGUGGUUGGUCCAGAUGGGGAUUCUCCAGAUAGAAUGAUAUGGACGGCAUCAAGUUCGGGUCAGUUUUCUCUAUCAUCUGCAUAUAGAGAGCUUCACAAGGUUAAGCCAUCAUCAUUCCUACUUAAACAAGUGUGGCAUGCUAGUGUUCCCUUGAAGGUGUCCUUCUUUAUGCUGUGGCUGCUGUAUAGUCGUCUUGCUCUGGAUGAUGUGUUAGCUACAUACAGGUUUCAUCUACCAUCAAAGUGCUCCUGCUAUUCGAUACCGCAAUCUGAAUCAAUACUAUACUUAUUCAUGGAGGGGGUGAUUGUGACUGAUGUGUGGAGGUUUUUUGGGUCGUUGUGUGAGAUGGUUUUCACUAGAGGACAUUUUCAAGCUAGGAAUAAAGUGGUCUUCCAUGGGACCGUUCAGAACUCAGCUGUUGUUUGUCAGGCCAUUUUUUGGGAUUUAAGGGAUGCUUAUGGGCUAAAAUUCGCAGAGUUGCAGUAA